AUGUCCAGUUCUUGCGUGUACUUAACUUUUCUUUGAUUGUAUUUGAUUUCAUCGGCCUACAUUUGUGUUGCAUUAAUGACGAAGCAUAAAGCAGCUCUGUAUUUCGUCAUUUAUUAAAAAAAAAAAAUCAUACCAACACAUCUUUAUUGCCCUACAUUCUCUUAUCUUUCUUUUUUUCAAUUAAAAAUAUGGUGCUUUUUUCCCCUCCAAGCCUUCGCACGAAAAAACUGCAAAUUCCAAGUAUUACUGAAGGCAGCACGGGCUCUCGGGGCGCUGCUGAUGCGGAUGUUGCUGUGUCUGAGCCAAAAAAGUAGCAGAGUUGUUUCCGAAAAGUUUGACCCAGGCUUUUGAUGAUGUCGGGCGCUAUGCAGCAAAAACAAGAUAAUGUAGCGUUACCCGUGUUCGCUGCUGUCACCCUGGCACUCAUAACCAUCCUCAGUGUGUGGAAGUUAAAGCAGUUCAAAUAUAAAUUGGUAAAUGAAGCUGGGGUUGCAAUGUUUUAUGGUUUGCUUCUGGGGUUAACUGUGAGAUUAAUAUGGACUGAUAAAGGAGAGCAGUGUCCGGGGAACACAACAGCAACGAAUGAGCAAGAGAACACUUCUGACAUCUCGAUGGUCAACAUCACGCCACAUGGACACAUCAGAAAUGACAAACGCCAGUUUAGCUCACAUCCUGAGGAGACCUUUGAUCUGCAGGUCCUUUUCAAUCUGUUCCUGCCACCCAUCAUCUUCCAUGGAGCUUACACUCUUAAUCAGAAACGAUUCAUUGCAAACCUGGGAUCUGUUCUCACCUACGCUUUUGCAGGUACCAUAAUCAGCUGCAUGUGCAUAGGGGCUUGCAUGUACGGCUUCACCAAACUGAUGCCACCAAAAGAAGAAUUCCUCCUCACUCACUGCCUCCUUUUUGGUGCCAUUAUGUCAGCCACUGAUCCAGUCUCAGUCCUUGGCCUGUUAUCAGAUCUGCGUGUGGACUUGGAUCUGCACAUGCUGCUGUUUGGCGAGAGUGUCCUGAAUGAUGCCGUAGCCAUCGUCCUGACACAUGCCAUCACCACCUACACCCAGAUGGAUGCAGGACUCAUCUUCGACCCCACUGCCUUUCUCCACGCCUUUGUUUUUUUUCUCGGAGUGCUCAUUGGCUCCUUCCUCUUAGGUCUCAUUUUCACAGUAAUAACAGCCCUCCUCACCAAAUUCACUCGGCUGCAUGAAAAUCCCCUGCUGGAAACGUCAGUCUUCUUCUUGCUGUCCUGGAGCAGCUACCUCUCGGCUGAAGCCUGCGGGCUAUCAGGUAUUGUGGCAGUGAUGUUUUGCGGCUUGAGUCAGGCAAGGUACACAGUUCUCAACUUGUCCUCUGAGGGCAGGGCAAGGAUCAAGCAGCUCUUUGAAGUCUUCAACUUCCUCGGGGAGAUUUCCAUCUUCGGCUACAUGGGAUAUAUAUUGUUGAAGUUCACUUGCCAUAAAUUUGAACCAGUCUUCAUUUCUGGGGCACUUCUGUCCGUCUUUCUUUCAAGAGCAUUCAACAUCUACCCUUUAUCUUUCCUGCUGAACCUUGGUCGCACAAACAAGAUACCUUGCAAGUUCCAGCACUUCAUGAUCUUUGCAGGUUUGAGGGGGGCUGUGGCUUUCAGACUGGCUGUAAAAGAAACAGAUACAGAAGUGACGCGCACCAUCUUCACCACCACCCUACUGAUGAUUGGCUUCACCAUCUGGGUACUUGGUACGGCUGCCGAUCCCAUGCUGCGGCGUCUGGACAUCAGAGUGGGGGUGGAUCCAGAUGAAAACCAGGAGGACCACUCUUUUGAGAUUGCUACAGAGAGGCCAGACACAACACAGGGCCUGUGGCACUCUCUCGACUACAAAUAUCUAAAGCCAGUGCUGACUCAUUGUGGCCCCCCGCUGACUGAGUCACUGCCACAGUGUUGUGGUGUAUUUGCCAGAGUCUUCAGUAGCCCCCGUGUGCAGGAGGAUGAAGAAGAAGAGCUGUGUGAGAUAGAAGCAGGAAAAAACACCCUGGAUUUGGGGAAAACGGAGAGCCAGCAGGGAUCGUCCGAAAGCGAUUCUGCAUCCGAGCACCAAGAGGACCUGCUGGACGGAGACCUGGGCCUCGGCACUGCUCCAGUUCACCCGAGGGAGGCAAGCGGCUCCAGUACUCAGCUCUAACCUCGUCUUAUCAGCUAUUGCUCCCUGAUGUCAAAACCCCCACCUCCCAUAGUGAAUGGAGGUCACUGGUCAGGACAUCUGCCAACAGCUGACUGAGAGUUAGAGUUUCAAUGGUUCCCAAAAGGUCAUGCACUCCCCCUGUGCUGAAAUGCACGCAAAGACACACACUCACACAGGAAGGGGAAAAAAACAAUUACAAAGGCCACCGCUCUUCCUGUUGCACUGAUGAUGAUUUCCUUGUCUCAAACUGCUCUGGGGAAGUUAAAAACUGAAAUGAAAAUGUUAAGUGUACCUUUCACCUUUGUCAUAAAGCAGCAGCUGUCAUGAAAAUAAAUAAAGGUAAUAUGUUAAGUCAGAGAUUAAUUAUAAGCAGGGCAGCUACAUGAUACACGGUUACGUAAUGCUUAGGUUUCAAGCUUUAGGGAGAAUUACUCAUCACUGUACUCUGUGAUUGAACACUGCAGUAUUUCCCUUAAUCAGCUGAAAUGGUAUUUUCUUGCCAACUUUGCUUAGCUCUUCCCCAGCCCCUUAUUAAACUUUUAUUGCACUGUUUUCUGCUGCAAUCCUUUUAACUGAUUCAAAUGUAUUCUGCUAAAUUUAUUACCACCCCCACCACCCCAUCUCCUGCCAUGUCUUCCUUAUCAUUCUCUGCUGUGCAAGAAUGUAUCCAAAUGGUUAAAAGUACUAACAGCUUUCGGGGGAGAAUAAAAAAAGAGAGACGAUUUGCAUGUGAAGUUUCGCUCCAACUGCUUUAAUUAAAGAUUGCACUUUGCUGCUUUCUAUGUGCAUCACUGUAAAUCUCAGGGCCCCAUUUUUUUUCACCUUGAGUGAAACGGGGUGUUGUUUACUGCACAAAUACGAUUUGUGAAGGUUAGGCUGUGCGAAUAUGCAGAUGGUUAGUCGUGUAUUAAUAAAGCCAUUGUCCUUGAAGCGGGGGCUUUUCGUUUUAUGUUGUGAAUGCAUGGGCGCAUCUCUGGAAUGUGUCUUUCUUCCGCUCUCACUUGCUGUUAAAAUAUACAUUGCGUUCCUCUUUGUAUGCACUCAAAUUUGAAUUUCUGAGCUUUUUCCAAGCAAGAGAUGAUGAUUAACAGCUUUCCACCAUUAUUAGGCCUGUUUCUUAAAGCUGCAGCUCACUAUCAAAGUAAAUAAAUACUUAAUGAAUAUUUCACACGGUGCACAAUUGCUAGUUUUUAUGUCAUUUGCUAAUAUUUGAAGCAACACAUCACUGGUGUAUAACACAAUCUAUUUGCUUCUGUUGCAUAUCUGUUUGAUGCAAAAAAGCUUCUUUUGCAUUUUAAGGUGAUGUAAACUUUGUUUUACAUGUCAGUUUCCAUAUGGUACGUAAAUCCAAUUUCAAUGAUCUGCUUGAGGUAUGCCUGUCAACACCAGGAUCUACUUCCGCAUGGGAGGAAAGAAGCUGUCAAGUCUCCAUGUGACUCUGUCGUUGUUGUGGGAGUCGCCAGCCAUUGAGCUUUUCAAGUACAAUUUUUAUGUGUUUUUGCAUCCCGAGCUAAGGGCUGAAACUACAGUCAGGUGUGUAAAAAGACAUUUAGCACAAUGAAUGUGUUUGGAUGUUACUUUUACUACUGACUCUUUAAAUGGGAAAUUUUGCUAAGGUGCUGUUGUCAACAGAAUUGAAGUUGACACUAACUGUAAUUACUUCUUCCACCCAGCUAUUAAAAUAUCCCCAGCUAUUGUGACUAACGUUUUUCAGCCAUCCACUUAAAGGUACCGUGUGGAGUUUUAAGUACUACUCAGUGGUUGUUUUACGUCAGGCUUUACUAGCAUUAGUUUGCCAAAAAAGAAAAACCUAAACAAACCAGGAAAUCUAAACCAAUAGAGAAGUACACAGACUCGGUUUCUAACUUUUCAAAUGUGACUUGCAAUUGUUUCCCACCUGUCUGACAGAUAUAUAUAUACACGCACGCACACACACUUCAUGCUGGUGAGAAACACAGAAUGUAAACAGUUUGUUUGCCAGAAACCUCCACAGGGCACCUUUAGGUUAUGUAGCAAA